UCCCUCUCCCAGCGGUGGGUGCCCUCUGCCGGUGAGCGGCGGAAGCGCAGCGCCCUGGGAAGUCAGAUCGAGGCUGGAGUUCCAGCGGAACCCUGCGCUGCAUUCCAUUCCAUCCCAUUCAUGCUGAGCGGCGACACUGUAGCGCCGGCAACUCGGGGGACUCGCACUAUGGAGGCGCGCACUGACUCCCGCUACCCAUGCUGGCUGUCUAUCAGGACCGAAUUCUAAAUGAGGCAGUCAACGGGAGCCAAUUUGGAAAUAUAACCUUCCUUCCCCCUCUUUUUAAUUUAUUUUUGGGUGUUUUUUAAUUAUUGUUAUAAUUAUUAUUCGGGAAGAUGCUGCUCCACGCCGAGAGGCCUCUGCCGUUCCAUUUAUGGACUUUUUUAGUUUUGCUUGGUUCCUGGAUUGCAACAGGGGAUGGGUCUCCUAAAGACUUCAGGACUUUUACAGGAAGCGACUGGAGCCUGACUCACCUAGUAGUACACAAUAAAACCGGAGAGGUGUAUGUGGGAGCCAUCAACAGGAUUUACAAACUGUCUAACAAUUUGACUCUCUUGCGCACCCACGUAACAGGUCCGGUAGAGGACAAUGAAAAGUGUUACCCUCCGCCUAGUGUCCAGUCCUGCCCCCAUGGACUUAUCACCACGAAUAAUGUGAACAAGCUGCUACUCAUUGAUUACUCUGAUAACAGAUUAAUAGCAUGUGGGAGCGCCUCACAGGGGAUCUGCCAGUUCCUACGCCUUGAUGAUCUCUUCAAGUUGGGUGAGCCUCACCACCGGAAGGAACAUUACCUUUCUAGUGUCAAUGAGUCUGGGACCAUGUCUGGUGUCAUCAUUGAGGUUCCAAAUGGCCAAAAUAAACUCUUUGUUGGGACUCCUAUUGAUGGAAAAUCUGAAUAUUUCCCCACCCUCUCCAGCCGCAAACUACUGGGCAAUGAAGAAAAUGCUGAAAUGUUUGGCUUUGUCUAUCAGGAUGAAUUUGUGUCUUCACAACUCAAGAUCCCCUCAGAUACCUUGUCAAAAUUCCCUACAUUUGAUAUCUACUACGUGUACAGUUUCAGCAGUGAGCAGUUUGUGUACUACUUAACGCUUCAGCUGGACACCCAGUUAACAUCACCUGACUCAACAGGGGAGCAGUUUUUUACGUCCAAGAUUGUCCGGCUUUGUGUAGACGAUCCCAAGUUCUACUCUUACGUAGAGUUUCCCAUUGGUUGCAUGAAGGAUGGGGUGGAAUAUAGGCUGAUACAGGAUGCCUAUCUGAGCAAGCCAGGGAAACGCUUGGCUAAGGAGCUGGGCAUCUCUGAAAGGGAAGACAUUCUUUUCACAGUCUUCUCACAAGGACAGAAGAACCGGAUCAAACCCCCCAAAGAGUCUGUCCUGUGCCUCUUCACCUUGAAGAAGAUCAAGGAUAAAAUUAAAGAGCGCAUUCAGUCUUGCUACAGAGGCGAUGGGAAACUCUCUCUGCCUUGGCUCUUAAACAAGGAGCUGGGAUGCAUCAAUUCACCUCUGCAAAUUGACGACAAUUUCUGUGGGCAGGAUUUUAACCAGCCGCUUGGGGGGACAGUCACCAUAGAAGGUACACCGUUGUUUCUGGAUAAAGAAGACGGAAUGACAUCAGUAGCCGCCUAUGAUUAUCGGGGGCACACUGUUGUGUUUGCUGGAACCCGCAGUGGCCGUGUGAAAAAGAUCCUGGUGGACCUGUCUGCCUCCUCCUCUCACUUGGUGCAACAGUACGAGAAUGUAGUGGUCCAUGAGGGCAAUGCUAUCCUGAGGGACUUGGUACUGAGCCCCGACCGGCAGUAUAUCUACGCUAUGACAGAAAAGCAGGUUACUCGUGUGCCGGUGGAGAGUUGUGAGCAAUAUGAAAGCUGUGACACCUGCCUUGGCUCCAGGGACCCUCACUGCGGCUGGUGUGUGCUCCACAACAUGUGUUCGAGAAAAGAUAAAUGCGAGCGAGCAGAUGAGCUUCACAGGUUCACUUCUGACCAGCGUCAGUGUGUCCAACUCACAGUGCACCCCAAAAAUAUCUCCGUCACUGUGUCCGAGGUUCCGAUGGUUUUACAAGCCUGGAAUGUCCCUGACCUGUCUGCUGGGGUGAACUGCUCCUUUGAGGAUUUUACUGAGAUGGAAGGACGGAUACUGGAUGGAAAGAUCUACUGCACAUCUCCCUCUGCUAAAGAAGUUAUUCCUAUCACAAGGGGCCAUGGAGACAAGAGGGUUGUAAAACUCUACCUUAAAUCCAAAGAAACUGGGAAGAAGUUUGCAAGUGUGGAUUUUGUCUUCUACAACUGUAGUGUCCAUCAGUCAUGCCUCUCCUGUGUAAAUGGAUCCUUUCCCUGCCACUGGUGCAAAUAUAGACACGUGUGCACCCACAAUGCAGCCGACUGCUCCUUUCAAGAGGGCCGAGUGAACAUGUCGGAGGACUGCCCCCAGAUUCUGCCUUCCUCCCAGAUCUACAUCCCUGUUGGGGUCGUGAAGCCCAUCACACUGACUGCCAAGAACCUCCCGCAGCCCCAGUCCGGUCAGCGCAACUACGAGUGUAUUUUCCACAUCCCCGGGAGUGUGACUCGGGUCACUGCUUUGCGCUUCAACAGUACCAGCAUCCAGUGCCAGAACACUUCGUAUAACUAUGAAGGCAAUGAUAUCAGUGACCUACCUGUCAAUUUAUCUGUGGUCUGGAAUGGGCACUUUGUCAUAGACAACCCUCAAAACAUUCAAGCUCAUCUGUACAAGUGCUCGGCCCUAAGGGAAAGCUGCGGACUUUGCCUUAAAUCUGACCGUCGAUUUGAGUGUGGCUGGUGCGUCAGUGAGAAGAAGUGCACUCUGCGCCAGAAUUGUCCCACCCUUGAAAACCCUUGGAUGCAUGCCAGUACCGCCAAUAGUCGCUGCACUGACCCAAAGAUCACCAAGCUUUUUCCAGAGACAGGCCCCAGGCAGGGUGGAACCCGACUGACCAUCACAGGAGAAAAUCUGGGCUUGAGGUUCGAGGACAUUCGCUUUGGAGUGAGGGUUGGGCACGUCAUGUGUGUCCCUGUCGAGAGCGAGUAUAUCAGCGCAGAGCAGAUCGUUUGUGAGAUUAACGAUGCCGGAAGGACCCGUGUCCACGAGGCUCAAGUGGAGGUCUGUGUAAAAGACUGCUCUCAAGACUACAGGGCUAUUUCUCCAAAGUCAUUCACCUUUGUGUUACCCUCCUUUAACCGGGUCACACCUUCCCGAGGUCCUUUGUCUGGUGGCACCUGGAUAUCCAUUGAAGGAAACUAUCUGAACGCUGGCAGUGAUGUUUCUGUGGCUAUUGGGGGACGUCCCUGCAUGUUUUCAUGGCGAACUGCGAAAGAGAUCCGCUGUAAGACUCCGCAGGGACCAAGCACGGGUAAAGCCGAAAUACAAAUCCUCAUCAACCGCGCCACGAUGAACAACUCUGAAGUACAUUACAAUUACACCGAAGAUCCAACCGUGCAAAAGAUAGAACCAGAGUGGAGCAUCGCCAGUGGGGGAACCCCUCUGAUAGUAACUGGGAUGAAUCUGGCAACUAUUAAAGAACCCAAAAUAAGAGCUAAAUACGGAGAUGUGGAGAAAGAAAAUAACUGCACUCUUUACAAUGACACCACCAUGGUGUGCUUGGCACCCUCCGUUGACAAUCCCUUGAGGAGCCCUCCGGAGAAUGGGGACCGUCCUGAUGAGAUAGGCUUCAUAAUGGACAAUGUUCAUGCCCUCCUUAUUGUGAACACUACCAGCUUCCUUUAUUACCCGGAUCCUGUGUUUGAACCGCUGACGGCAUCUGGAAACCUUGAGCUGAAGCCCAGCUCUCCUCUUAUAAUCAAGGGUCGGAAUCUCAUUCCAGCAGCCCCAGGGAACUUCAGGCUUAAUUAUACAGUGUUGAUUGGUGACACUCCGUGUGCCCUUACUGUCUCCGAGACCCAGCUCCUGUGCGAGUCUCCGAACCUUACUGGACAGCAUAAAGUUACUAUUAAAGCCGGAGGGUUUGAGUACUCACCGGGCACACUGCAGAUUUACUCGGACAGCCUGCUGACCUUGCCUGCCAUUAUUGGCAUUGGAGGAGGAGGGGGUUUGCUGUUGCUCAUUAUAAUCAUCGUGCUUAUUGCCUACAAGAGGAAAUCGCGGGAUGCCGACCGCACCCUGAAACGACUGCAGCUGCAAAUGGACAAUCUGGAGUCCCGUGUGGCACUGGAGUGCAAAGAAGCCUUUGCAGAGCUGCAGACUGACAUCCACGAGCUGACCAACGACCUUGACGGGGCUGGAAUUCCUUUCCUGGAGUACCGUACUUACGCCAUGCGAGUCCUUUUCCCCGGAAUAGAAGAUCAUCCUGUCCUGAAAGAAAUGGAGGUACAAGCCAACGUGGAGAAAUCCCUGACGCUUUUUGGGCAGCUCCUCACCAAGAAGCACUUCCUGUUGACCUUCAUUCGGACGCUGGAGGCCCAGAGGAGCUUCUCCAUGAGAGACAGGGGUAACGUGGCUUCGCUCAUCAUGACGGCGUUGCAGGGGGAGAUGGAAUACGCCACCGGCGUUCUCAAGCAGCUUCUCUCCGACCUCAUUGAGAAGAAUCUUGAAAGCAAAAACCACCCUAAGCUGCUGCUGAGGAGGACAGAGUCUGUGGCUGAGAAGAUGCUGACAAACUGGUUUACGUUCCUCCUCUACAAGUUCUUAAAGGAAUGUGCUGGGGAGCCGCUCUUCAUGUUGCACUGUGCCAUCAAGCAACAGAUGGAGAAAGGACCUAUUGAUGCCAUCACUGGAGAAGCCCGCUACUCACUGAGCGAGGACAAGCUGAUCCGUCAGCAGAUCGACUACAAGACACUGAAUCCUUGUGCUGAUGACGUUGGGCUGAGCGAUGAAUCAUGUUGCCGCUCGCCUCAAACCCUGAACUGUGUGAACCCUGAGAACGAAAAUGCCCCAGAAAUCCCUGUCAAGGUGCUGAACUGUGACACCAUAACCCAAGUGAAGGAGAAACUGCUUGAUGCGGUGUAUAAAGGUGUUCCAUACUCCCAGCGACCAAAGGCAGGAGACAUGGACCUGGAGUGGCGCCAGGGUAGGAUGGCACGCAUUAUUCUGCAAGAUGAGGAUGUGACAACCAAAAUAGACAAUGACUGGAAACGACUCAAUACAUUGGCACAUUAUCAGGUGACAGAUGGAUCUUCAGUUGCACUGGUACCCAAACAGAACUCUGCCUACAACAUCUCAAACUCAUCAACAUUUACAAAGUCUCUGAGCAGAUAUGAGAGUAUGUUACGGACGGCAUCAAGCCCAGACAGCCUGAGGUCCCGCACCCCAAUGAUCACCCCUGACCUGGAGAGUGGAACCAAACUCUGGCACCUGGUGAAAAACCAUGACCACCUAGAUCAACGGGAGGGUGACAGAGGUAGCAAGAUGGUGUCAGAGAUUUACCUGACUCGCCUGUUGGCCACAAAGGGAACUCUCCAGAAGUUUGUGGAUGAUCUGUUUGAGACGAUCUUCAGCACGGCACAUCGUGGAAGCGCGCUCCCUCUCGCUAUUAAAUACAUGUUUGAUUUCCUGGACGAGCAGGCGGACAAGCAUCAGAUCACUGACUACGAUGUGCGCCACACAUGGAAAAGUAACUGUUUGCCACUGAGAUUCUGGGUGAACGUCAUUAAAAAUCCACAGUUUGUGUUUGACAUUCAUAAGAACAGCAUCACGGACGCCUGCCUUUCUGUGGUAGCCCAGACGUUCAUGGAUUCUUGUUCCACGUCAGAACAUAAGCUGGGCAAGGACUCCCCAAGUAACAAGCUGCUGUAUGCCAAGGACAUACCCAAUUACAAGAGCUGGGUGGAGAGGUAUUACGCAGAUAUUGCCAAAAUGCCGGUGAUCAGCGACCAGGAUAUGAGCGCGUACCUAGCCGAACAAUCGAGGUUACACCUGAGCCAGUUCAACAGCAUGAGCGCCCUGCAUGAGAUUUACUCCUAUAUCACAAAAUACAGAGACGAGAUUUUAACUGCAUUGGAAAAAGACGAACAAGCAAGGAGGCAGCGACUAAGAAGUAAACUGGAACAGGUCAUCGACACAAUGGCGCAGAGUAGUUGAAGUCCAUGUUCUCUGCUUUGCUUGGUCCCCCCAAUGGCUGCCGAGAAAGAGGGAAUCCUGCAGGCUGACUACAAAUGCUCGCAGCUAUGGACACCGCUCACUGCAGGAACUGGUUUGGAACUUCCAUGAGAGAAAGAACAAAUCCGCUUGCAAGUGUGUAUAUAUAUAAAUAUAUACAUAUAAAGACUUUAGAAAACAUUUCAAAGAAUGACUUAGAAACCUUUAUAAAAAUAAACAGUUUUAAGGGACUCAAAUUUCAAUACAAAAUUAAAAUAUAGAUUUAAAACAAUGGGAGCUGCUUGAACGUUUCAGGGAAGAGACAGUACGCCUGGCCAUGUGACAUCCACGGAUUACGUGAUAGACCGGAAGUCGUUGCCUACCAAGGAAAACAGAUUUCCUUUUCAUCCUGUCUCCCCCCUAAAAAUCCCCGGGCUACUCUCAAACCCUAAACGACCUCCCUCUUUGGCUUUCAGCCACUAGUGUUAAUGCUAUAUUUGCACAAUUAACUGAAAUUCUUGGGGUUUUUUAAAGAAAAUGAAAAAAAGAAGAAAAAAACAAGGAAUCCUAAAAUAAGAUGGAAAAAAAAAAAAAGCAAAAAAAGGUGUUUUUGUGUUUCUGGAAAACCACAAUCAAAACCACUCCACAAAUUCUCCUACAGGAAGGAUAAACUGUUCCAGAAGCUUUGAUAUUUUUCUAGAUUUCGUUCUGUGCCAUGUUUCCUUUGAAUGUCGUUUUAGUGAAUAAAAAUCGGGAAAAAUGAAUAAAGAAGAAACUCUUAAUUGUACUACAUGGGGAGGGAGAGCGAGAUGUCCCGAAAGGGGCAGACAACCUUCUGUUAUGGAGGGGUAACAGGAACAGUUGUGGAAACCUGGAAAGAAAAGUUACAUUUCAAGUUUCUUAGGAGCCCCACUCCCCACCCUCCGUAUAUUUUUUAUUUUGGAAUGAAUUGUGUUUGAUUUCCGAUGAAUAUUGGAUAUGUUUUGUUUCCUCCAAAAUUACGAUACAAGAUGGAAGCACAUUCAGAGUCACAACACCUCUUACACAUGUAUAUGUAUGAUUUUGCUUUGGGAAGGCAUAGUAAUUCUGAAAAUGCUUUGCAAUGGCAGGGUUCCAAAAGCCACAAACACUCCUCCACUUACUAGACUAGAAUGUCCAUCACAAUCCAGUCGCUGGUUGAGCUUGUUAAGAGUCUUGGUCAACAGUCGCUUGGGCUUCUCUGCUAUCUUCAUUCUUAAUGGUGGCGUGGGAUUGGUGAAGAUGGGACAAUCCACUGGUUUGGUGAUGACCUUGUCAUCUGUUUUUUAAUUUAUUAUGAACCAAUAUGGGAGGACAGUAAAACAAUGGGAGAGGUGUAAGUUGCAUGGUGGCUGUGCUAAUAUGGGGAGGGGGUGGUGUUGAUGGAGGGAGCAAAAGGUCAUCUUUUUAGCCAUUUUAUUGUUUUUUUUUUGGUUUUAUUGAUCAUGCCUGGUCUUGUUUUUCAACAUCUGCCUUUAUUUGGAGGAAGCAUUUUAAUGGCCAGUCAUAGAGAAAGACAUAGACAAUUUAGAUGCUUUUACUAUUGUAAACAUUUAAGUGUAAUUGUUUCUUAGCUGUCCAUAUGUAUGUCCCAGCAAGGAAUGCAGUUUUGCCCCAUUAGCAGUUGAGGUGACAACCAAGGCAUCCUUUGGCUUUACCUUUACAUCCGUUCCCCCCACAUAUCUUAUUUUAAUGUUAGCUGCUGAAAUAUUCCAGAGUCAUUGCAUGGCUGGUGUACGGAAGAGUCCUUCAUAAUAUAGUGAAGAACCUGGAUUCCACGCUGUACCUUUGAUCUAUGUAUAUCAGACCUUUCAUUCAUGCAGUUGGAACAUCACAUUUUCAUGCCAGAGGGGACAGCAACUCCGCACAGCAGCGGAAUUCAGAUUGGUGCAAUCUAUAAUGUGAAUAAAAUUGAAUACAUUUCACCUAGCGGCUCAUCACUCCGGAUGUGAGCAGUCGUCUGGCCUUUCCCUUGGCUCAUUCUCUUCCACGGAAGUUAUUACUGGUGUCUGCCAUAGAAACUUAAGGCUGAGGGCAUGCAUGGUGCGUUCUGUCCCACUUUUUUAUGUUGAGGGUGACCAAAUUGCAGAACUUAUCUUAAGUAGCUUCUCUUGGUAGAUAAUUAGCAUUUUGGCCCAUAUGGCACCCAAAAGUCAGAAGCUGUAGUCCAACACAUGCCAAUCCUAUUGAUACACAUCUGAAUGGGACUCAUCACUCUAUGCAGGCCUUUGCUCUUGAGCUCCAUGGAGCAUGCCAGAAACAAAGCCAGAUGGCAAUGGGUAUGUACCCAAGCUUAUCUUGGAACCCCAAGAAGUCUGUGUGGAAUUAGCCAUGCCUAAGAACCAACCUAGUAACCUUAGCCUCUCAAGUAACAUCUACUGGUUGCCUAAAUAAGAAUUAAACCUAUUUCCUCAGAACCGAUUAAUGUCACACAAGCAAAGGUGGGCUCCCAUCUGAAAAGCUACAGGUUGUCCAAUAAUACCCUGGUAUAUUUGGUAAUAUCCCCAAUUUAUAAGCCUGGAGACUUCUCAAUGAUAUCACGGGAUCCCAUCCCCCCAAAAAAUAACUAGGGUUGAAUCCUUCCACUGUGUGUUGCGGUCCCCUCAGGCAUAUUUGGUGAAGCACACCCCUUGGCAAUUUCUACCAGAAAUGUGGUUAUUUUGGAACCUUUAGGCCAGCUGCCAAGCUUGGUCCCAUGCUCAUAUAGGUGUUUCCAGUGGUAGAUGGGAUGGCCUCCUCUAUGUUUAUCCCUUUUACUGUCACCGUGAUAUGAUUGGAACAACCAGAGCAAAUUCCCAGAGUGUUCUGGCCUACGGCAAAGUCUGAUUUGUGGUUGACUUGAAGCUCCGCCGAGCCAUGGUCUGUAAAUAUCCUCUGGCUAUUUUAACGUUGCUCAGAUUUAGUACUUGUAAAUAAAUUCCUCGCAUCACAAAGAGAUUAAACAACAUUUUUGCUAAA